CUCGAGAAACGACAAGCGACGACUUUUACUAGAUUUCUAAUAUCGCUUUUCUAUAGUUUUCGCAUAAAAGUAGAUAGUUUUAAUUAUUUACAAUUAGAAAUAAAAUACAAAUUAUGCACUAACGAGCGAACAAUAUAUAAAUAAGUCAUGUGAAUGUUUUGUGAGUGGCGUACCUAUGUGUAAAUAAUAAUUUGCUAGUGUCUCCAGAAAUCCCGCCGAUUGGUAAUAAAUUGUGAAACAUGAGUUUUAGUCAAGGCCUAGCUAAGAUUAAGGAAAAUGAUGAUAAACAUAAGUCUACUCCCAUCGCUAAGGUGGCGCCUGAGUUGAAGCAAAAUAGUGACGCUGAUACACAGAUAUCGAAAACAUGUGCUGUGUUGGGAUGUGAGGAUUCGAAGAAUUUCAAUUCUGACUCAUUUUUUCCAUUUCCCGAAGAUCCCAAUCUGAGGCAAAUAUGGACAGAUUUAACUGGCAGGAACAAUUGGACGCCAACAGAUUACUCUUACAUAUGUGUGCAACAUUUCUCCGUUGAUUGCUUUGAGUGUAACGCAAAUAAUGUUGUAGUCCUUAUGAGUAAGGCAGUGCCCUCGCUGAAGUUGCCUAAACAUGUUUUAGAGGUUGAAUACAUAGAUGAAGACACACUAGACAAUGAAGAUCAAGAAUAUUAUUCCGAUAAUGAAUAUGAGAUGGAAUAUGAUGAGAACGACAAACCUCUAACGAACGGACCCACACAUUCCAUUAAAAAUGAGAGAUUAGAGAACACAGAAAUCAAUGUUGAGGUGCUGAAACUAUUUUCAGAAGUGCAAAAAAUGCAAAAACAAGCCGUACAAAUGAAAGAGAAGUAUAGGUAUACAAUGCGGGCCUACAACCGACAGAGUAGAUUUCUAACUAGGCUCAAAGAGGUUAUCGAAAUGAAGAAAAAUAUACUCAACCAAAAGAGACGGAAGAAGUCUAGAAUAUUGUUAUCCUUGCAAGAUAAAAUGAAGGAAGAUACAAAUGGUUUGGUUCUAGCCAUGCCCACUAGACAUACGGACGACUUGAAGAAUUUCGCGUUAAGUGUGUAUAGAUAUUCCCCACAAGCGUACAUCUAUAUAAGGAAUACAUUAAGAACUCUAUUACCAAGUACUGAUAUAUUAGAAUCAUGGAUUUCCUCAGGAUACGAACCAAAAAAUAUGCUAACAAACAGUAAUUUAAUUAGGGUGGUGUCAGAAUUGACUGAUACAGAAUUAAAUUGUAAAGUGUCUUUACGUUAGUGUAGAUAAGUUAAAUUUUACUUGAAUUACGAAUAUUUCUGAUGUUUUGCAGAUUUCUUAAGUUUUUAAAGAUUAGAAUUGAUUAUGGACAUUCACAUCGUAAAUACAUAUUUUUAUGGUCA